AUGAACGCAUUUGGCCGUGCUGGUCUUUCAACAUUGAAAAUGUUACCCAAUGUAGAAUUCUUUUAUGACAUACAAUGUCCGUGGUCAUACAUUGCGUCGAAACGAAUUGAACAAGUCGUUCAACGAACGAAUGCAACCAUAAAGUGGGUUCCUGUUUCGUUGAAUGGUAUCUACGAAAUUACUAAUGCUACCAAGGAUAAGUCAGGUACCAAGAACGUUCUGUCUGCCCCGAAAUUGGCAAACUACAACCGAGACUUGGUCAGAACUCUGAAACGAUUUGAUAUACCGUUCAACUUUCAUCCCAAACAUCCAUUGGAGACAAUUGACGCACUCCGACUCCUCCAUGCAACUCCCGAGUCUCACCGUGGUCAGCUAACCCAUGCGCUCUACCGCCUGUAUUGGGUUGACAACGCAGACAUUGUCGAUCGCUCUUUACUCGUUUCCACCGCAGAAUCUCUAAACAUUCCCUACCCUGAACCGUUAACCGAAUCCAUUUUCGAAAACGCAGUCUAUCAAGACAGUCUGCGUGAAGCUACUAGCUUGGCUGCUAAGCGUGAAGCUCCGGGCGUACCUUCGUUCUGGGUCGAUGGAUUCAAGAAUGGCUAUUUGUACUAUGGUCAGGAUCGCUUACAUUUUGUUGAAGCCGCUCUAUUGUCAGUUUCAAAAGGCGUGCCUCUUGAGCAAGUGGAAAGUAUUGAAAGUGUCAUCCCGCGACGCGUGAACAAGCCUGUUAAUGGGAAAAGAACGUUGAGGUUCUGGUUUGAUUUUGCUUCACCAUAUUCGUACCUCGCGUAUAUCCAGUUGAAGAGAGUGGUGCAAGAAGCCGGUCCUGGUGUCGAGAUUGAGUACAGGCCCAUUAUUUUGGGUGCACUUUUAACGCAUCUCAAAACCGAUCCUCCCUUGGUUCGUUCAAAUGAGACUGAGCGUCGGUACUUUUUCAAAGACAUACUUGAUUGGCUCGAACUUUGGAAUAUUGUCCGCAAACAGUCGGAUCCUUCGAGUGAACAGUAUACAUUCCAGUGGGCAAAACAAUUUCCUAUCCGAACGAUUACUGCUUUACGGAUAUUUCUUUUAGAACCAAAGACUAUUGAUUGUAUCUUCAAAGCAUGUUGGGCUAAUAACAUUCCCAUCGGUGAAUCCCAAGAGAUCCUUGCUUCAGUGUUGAACGAAGCAGGCUUUGAUGGCGAAGCUCUAAUACAAGCAACACAAGCGAACGUCAAUAAUGUCAAAAAUAAAUUGCAAGAAAACUAUGAAUUGGCCAUAGAAUCUGGCGUCUGCGGAGUGCCAGCUUUCCAAGUGGAUCAGGGAGAACUUGUAUGGGGAAAUGAUCGUAUAGACGUAGUUCAGGAUUUAUUGUCUGGGUGGAAUCCAGAUGAGGGCGACAUAACCGCAAGAUUGUAG